AUGCCAUUGUACUCCUGUCUUUUCACACUCACAGCCGUUUCCGUUGCCAUCAUCAGCGAUGUAGUCUCAUCAGUUGGUGAACACAGUGCUAAGUUCAAAAGUAUUCAAUCCUCAUACGGCGAAUGCAACCAGUAUCUGUCAACCGAUGGCCUCCGGCAGCAAUGCGACACCCGCUGCGUAGCGCUAGUGAACCGCAUCUGGAAUGACACCACUGGGCUUCUAUCGGAUUCGACCGGGCGUUUCUACACCCAAGAGCUGCAGAAUCCCUGCUCCCGUAACCGUACCAAACAGUGUUUGAAGGAAGUCAUCUCCACGGUCUCCCGAAGGGACAGUUGCAAACGUGCACAGGCAUCAGUCGAUUGCUAUCUGAACAACUACGGUCAACUGGACGUCACGGGUCUAAAAUAUGUGCCCUUCACGGAUAUCCAGCAAGUGUGUAUCCUAAAAAAAUGUGCGGCAAUGCUGGGUGUCUCGGACAAGCUGGAUCAAGUGGUGCAGAAUGGUAUGCAAAGCAUUCCGGAAGGAGACUGUCUGCUGCGGUGUCUACUCAUCCAGCAGGCCUUGUACAGCGACGAAUCAGGCCCGGAUUUGAUGCGGCUAUCGGUUCAAUGCAAUGGAUACGGUGAGAACGAGGCCGAAUGGCGUGCCAAUGUGACACAGUGCGUGGCGGCAGUGCAGGCCGAAGGGAGCUGUGACAAGUGCGCGCAAGCAGCGAAAAUCGCUUCCGAGUGCCUAGUGAUGAAUCUCAAGCUUUACAUGGUGAAGAAUGCCAACAUCCGGAAGUGGAUUCCGUAUGCCAUCCGUUUAGACAGUGGAGCUAUAAAUGCGGGUUCCACUGCUGCCGCCGAUGCCAAUGCGGGAGCUUUAGCUAUUAGUGAAUCGGAUAUUUUGAUUGAAUAUUACGCGUGGUACUUUUGGAUAUAUUGA